AUGAGCCCAACGGGUUCCGACGGCACCUCACAGCAACAAAACCCGCGCGAUGCCCAAGAGACUGAUGUCCACGGGCUGAACGUGGCAGCAGACCCGUUUGAGUUGUUCGAGGGGACGCACUCUGAGUCAGGUGCGUCCGAUGCUCCAGGAAGGGGAAGCCGGAACUCUAGCGCAAGUUCUGAGCGACUAGAUAAGCUUGAAGGUCUCAUUGAAGGCAUGGCCAAACAACAGGCCAAGUUUAUGGCUGACCAAGCGGAGCUUCAAAAGCAGCUGCAGCACCGCACGGACACGCCAUCCUUCGAACACAAGUACGGAGAGUCGAGCGCGUUUACUGAUUUCAUCAAGGCUCGAGCACGGCGGAUGAGAGUAGGAUCUCUCGAUGCGUCGAUGAGGACGCCGACGCAGACGACGCCAGCUCCAGAGAUGCCGACGCCACCGACGGAGAACGCGACGAGUAUGCAACAGCGGAUGGCCGCACCCAUGGCAGAGCAGUUUGUGCCGCCACCAAACUUCGGACUCAAGGUGCCGAAGCCACGCGACCUGGACUGGCCGGGCUUCGCGAAGUUCGCGGGCAAGGAGGUGUAUCCUGGCCUUGGUGCGGAUUUCAAGACUUGGGGACUGCGAUUCUUGCAGCGACUGGCUGCAGCUCAGCAGAUGAGCGGUGGAUGCUUCCACUCUGGACGGCGGAGUCGCCGACACUGGAACAUGUGA